GUACAGUUGUUUACUAUUGGCAAUAUUACUGUAAGUUAUUAAUUGGGAAUAUCAACACACAGAAGCAUAGUGUUUCACAAAGAAAAUGUAACCGACUACCAAAGAAACUUCAGAAUUCCAAAGCAAAUGAAUAAUUAUUUUCAGAAUGUAUAUGAUAAUUCAGAAUAGAGUAAAAUGAAACUAACAGUAAUCCCUGGUGAAAACUGAAAGACUGUUCCUCAUUCUUGGAGGCAGGUGGGAAAGGUGACUUAAGCCCAGAAAGAGAAAAUAGGCAAAGCAAUUUUUUUGUUUUCCUUUGGGGCUUAAGUUUCUGAAUUUGUUACUAUUCAAUUCUAGCAAAGCAGUAUUAUGUCAGGAGGGAUUCUAAAACAAUUCUGGAUAUAAUUUAACAAAAUUCUCUUGAACCAUGGUGUAGUUAAUAAAGGUGAAAUAAUAACUUGUAGAGAAUUGUACAGUUUGUCUUUUGGCUGUUGUCCUCCAGAAUUCAGUGUCUUGGUAGUUAAAAAAAUUUGUCCAUUCCUUUUCACCUUCUCAAAAUAGCCAGCUUCCUUUGAAGUUUUGUUUAAACUUCUUUGAAACUUUGCAGUCUGGUAACUUCAAUUUCUCUCAACCUUUACGUGCUAGAUGGACUCCAUCCCAGCCUAUUCUUCAACACAAGUGCUAAUGCUAAUAUGGGCAGUGCUGUCUUGGUUAUCCAGCACAUUUUGUGCUUCUGAAACUUAUACACUUGUGAACUGUAAAUUGUUCUAUCUGUACUUGCAGCUUUUUUAAUUGCCUGGUGAGAAUGGCAAGGAUUCGGAUUUCUAGCACAAUCAUUACGCUUCUUGUUAUGGUCCAGACUGGAUUCCUACUCUUCAUGUAUACCCGGUACAAUAGCUUCACACCUCAUUCAGAGGAGAAAUCAUCUCAAGUCCACAUUCUCAUCCUCUCCUCCUGGAGAUCGGGAUCUUCUUUUGUUGGCCAGCUUUUCAGCCAGCACCCCAGUGUCUUCUACCUGAUGGAGCCUGCAUGGCAUGUGUGGGUUACAAUGUACCAGAACAGUGCCAAAGUCUUGCACAUGGCGGUGCGGGACCUGGUCAGGUCUGUCUUUCUCUGUGACAUGUCUGUUUUUGAUGCCUACAUGCCUUGGAAAAGAAACUUAUCUGAUCUUUUCCAGUGGGCAGUGAGUCGGGCUCUCUGUUCAGCUCCUGCUUGUGACUCCUUUCAGCGUACUGAUGUUACCAGUGAAAUGGCAUGCAAAACUCUUUGUGGACGGUACCCAUUCAGCAAGGUGGAAGAAGCCUGUAAAACUUACAGCCACGUUGUAAUCAAGGAGGUUCGCUUUUUUGACUUGAAGGUCCUCUACCCACUUCUCACCGAUCCAUCCCUGAACCUCAAAAUAAUUCACUUGGUCCGUGACCCCAGGGCAGUUGUAAAGUCACGAGAACAAUCAGUCAAAGCAUUAGCCCGUGACAAUGGAAUUGUUCUGAGUACCAAUGGCACUAAAGUGGAAGACAGCAAAUACAAAGUAAUGCAAGAGAUUUGUAGAAGUCAUGUUCAGAUUUAUGAAACAGCAACUCUAAAACCACCUAGCUUCCUUAAAGAUCGCUAUCUAAUGAUCCGUUUUGAAGAUCUGGUAAGAGACCCAUUGUCAGAAAUCUCAGAAAUGUAUAAAUUUGCAGAUCUUAGUUUGACCCCCACACUCAAAAGCUGGGUCUACAACAUCACACAUGGACAGGGACCAGGAAAAAAAAAAGAAGCCUUCAAAAUCACGUCUCGAGAUGCAGUUAAUGUUUCCCAGGCCUGGAGAAAUGUUCUUUCAUUCCAGAAAAUUAAAAAAAUACAGGAAGUUUGCAAAGGCGCUAUAAACAUGCUGGGCUAUCAGCUAGUGGAUUCAGAAAAAGAACAAAGAGAUCUGUCACUGGAUUUAGUGUUGCCAAGAAGACAAAACCAAUUCAGUUGGUCAUCAUUUAAUCCAAAGAACUAAGCCAUUACUUUGGGAGAUUAGGGAGGCGAAGAAGGAAGAGAGUAUCUAUCUGUUGUGCAGUGUAUAGGUAGUUUAAAAAUCCUUGGCUAAUGAGUUUAAUUAUCUUCCUGCCUUCUGGUUCACAAAGUAAUGUAAGCUUUUUUUUUCUUCUUUUCCCGAGCUUCUUACACCACAAAACAAACAAACAAACAAAAAAAAAUAGUGAAAAACUCAGCAAGAUACUUGUGAGAUUGCAAAAUUGCAGCUGAAAUGUGCUGUUUUGAGCGUUGUUUUUAAAAUAUAAUUUAAAUUUUUUCGAUAAAAGACAUCUUUGUUCAUUGAUAA